GAGAUAGGCGUCGACGCGUAUUGGUCCCUAUAACACAGGGUAUCCGGGUUCGGUUUGUGAGUAUCGUUUGUGCCAGAGUAAAAUAAAGAAACAAAAAGAGUGAAUGAAAAUUAGUGGACUGUGUGUGGAUAGGUCCCAAAGUGAAUUUAAUGCAUUGUAACAACUAUAACCGAUCCGCCCGCUAGCUUCACACUAGCACACGAGUUCUGUUAUGUUUAAAGUGCAGCAGGUGAAAUCAUCGGAAAGAUAAGGCUCACUAUAGUGUCGAUGUAAAAUGUAAAUGGAGCAUUACUGUAUAAGUUAAUCUGUCCUGGCUAACAUUAAUUAGAACCAAUGUUCUACGGAAGCCGCUCAUCAUAGCAGCAAAAAUCUACUAGAGUGAUAUCCCUUAUCAAUUGAGCGAAUCGUCCACAAGUGAGAUAAAUACCGAAUAGUGAUAGCUGUGCGGCACAUAAAAUAACAGCACUGGAUGUGUGUUAAAAUAUCUAGAAAAAAGCCAGUUGCAGUCGAAGAUGAAAAAGCGUCGAAAAAAGGCAUCCAGCAAAUGUGAGCUUGAGCGCUGGCUGAACAACGGCUAAACGGAAUGUUGGUUUGGGUUUAGUUCAAAAUUAUCAGUGCUGUGGUGAAAGAAGCGUCUCGAGUUUCUGUGCCUUUAUCAUCCAAGUGUUACUUAUUAUUCGAUGGCGCUAUGAUGAUAUGAGCAAGUGAAUCAAAAGUGGUACAUCGCAAAUUGUAUGUGAAUAGAAUGCAUUUAGCAAGUAUGGGUUCGAGAAAGUUUCAAAUCGUUAUGGCCAUCAUUUUAGUGUACGAAAUUAGUACUAUCGAUACACAGAACCAUGCUGAGAAACAUCCAAAUGGUUUCCGUGAAUCCAGCACCGGUGAAAAAAUAGUGGAUGCUUUCAGUGAAGGGAUCCGGUUAGCCACAAGGGAUAUAGACCAAAGCAACAGCAGCGCCAAGUCGGUCGCACAACGAGCAACAAGUUUAAAUAAACAUGAUGCCAAGAAUAGUUACAGUGGUAAUGAGUCAGCUCUCUUCUCACGGCGGCAUCGGCGAUCGAUCGGUGGCGGCAGUGGACAAACUGGAUCUCAAAGCUUAUGCAACAAACAGGGUUGCAGCUGCUCGGAUCAGCCUAUUCUCACCAUCGAUUGCGAUAUGUAUGACGAAAAGGUAACAUUGGCUGGCCAUCACUACAUUCCCAGAGAGGCGAAAAGUCUUAACAUACGGCUGAUGAACCGAUACGCGAGGUUGACGAUCGAUACUAAACAGUUCGCCAACAGUCUGCUGAAUCACGUGCUGAUAAAAGGAAACACUGUCGGGGACGGUGGCAGGGUGCAUGUGGAGUUCCUUCAUGAUGCGUUCUGUCUGAAUAAUGGCACCUAUCCGGAACUGGAAGUCUACAACAGUCACACUGUGGUAUUCCACAGGCGAACAUUCUGCCAGGAAUUCAAGCUCAAUGUGACUAGCGCUAGCGAGGUGAUUAUCAUGCCGGAGGCGUUCUCGGUUCCAGAGAGCGAAAUUUUGCUGAACAAUGUCGUAGAUAUUAGAAUUCAGGAAAAUGUGUUCAAGGGAUCGAACUCAACGAUGCUCGACAUCAUUGACAGCGGCAUCAAAAAGUUGGACGAACUGGGCGCGUCAUUUCGGCAGAUCCGAUUCAUCGACAGCGCCAUUGAAGAGAUCUCAACGAAAGCAUUUCAUGUUAAUAGUAUAGACUCAUUAAUAUUCGAGAGCUGCAAAAUAGGUGUGCUCAAAUCGCAGGCAAUCACAGAGAAGCUUUUAUGUAAAUCAUUUACCAUGACAAAUUGUAAGAUAGAGAAAAUUGAAAAGAAUUUUAUAGCCGGAAGCGGGCUGACGAACUUCAACAUGCGAAAUAACGUAAUUACAGACAUUUCUUCCGAUGCCAUACAGUUCACAGGGAUCUCGAGUGAAAUUACGAAUAAUAAAAUCAUCAAAACUGGAACGAAUUGGUUCUUCCAAAAUUCAGGUUGGAUAAAUAUGACCAUUGCAAACAACUCGUUCGGCGAAUUCAAUUACUUCACCCUCGAACAACCCUCGUCGCCAAAGGUGUGCAAAUUUUACGCGAACUCGAUCACUCAACCAGCAAUACGGAGCUUCAGUUUCUUUCAGCAUCACAAAUGUACUUUGAGUGAAACGUCCUUCAACAAGCAGUGUACAUGCGACGAUCGGUGGUUAAAGGAACUAUACUUCCGAGACUACGAUCAGCUGCUGAAGGAAAGCUACUGUCAGAUUGAUGAAACGUUGAAAUUCUGCUUCAAUGCUACCACGUUUAAUGUUAAGAAGUACAUGCAACAAGUCUGUGAUGAAUCAACUCGAACGAUAGAUUGUUCUCGCAGUCAGAAGGAGAAAAAAGUAGAACCAAAUUUUGUUAGUCCUAGCGAAAUUGACUCUGUUAAAUAUAACGACUAUUAUCAGUACGUGUUUGUUGGAGUGGGCGUUAUCGUUUCACUGGUGAUUAUGAUCUUGUGCAUUGUGUUCUGUAAACUAUGCUACCAACGGCGAUCAAGCAAUGCGGGAGAUGCAGUUUCUAAUGCGUCAUUCACAAUGACUCAUAAACCAUCGAAAGCAUUCACGAAGGAUGAUAAAUCGAUUAUCAAUCAGACGUUACAAAAAAUUAAGGACAAGCAUCCGCCCGAAAUGUACGAUGAUAUAUUUGCUCACACCAAAAAGCUUCUUGAUGGGAACUUUACCGAAACAGAGAAGGUGCUCACAAUCGGGGAAAUCGUUCGGAAAUUAAAUGAUUGUGAAAAUAGUGGAGAUGAUUUUGUUGCUUUCACUGAUAUCCUCUAUCGUCAUUUGGCCCCUAGUACAAGUGUGACACCACAUGACACGAUAUACGCAGAGCCCUCUGCUCCUACGGAUGGAACCACAGUAAUCGAAGCUGCGGCAGCUCCUGAUCACAUUUACGCCGAAUUGACGAGCGCAGCGCAGCCACUGCUUAUCAACGAAUACUCUGCUCCAAUGGACUUGAGUGACUCACACUACUCGGAACCGGUGCAGAUAAUGCAAAAAGAUAAUUCUCGUACGCUUAUUACCCCCUACGCCAUAGGGAACAAUAUCGGAGUGACCGUCCAUCAACAGCCCAGCACGUCUCGGAAUUUACCUGACAUUUUGAACUCAAACAGCAGCACAAGCACGAGCAGUAGCAGUAACAAUAGUGCAGCAGCCAAUGCCAUAACUGUCCAGGAACCGCUGAGGUAUAUGGACCGAUCUCCGAACAGCAGUCGGGAGAUUCCUGAAUAUACGCUGCCAACUAAAAAGAUACCGCCGAAAACCGCUUUCCACCGGGAGCCAACGGCGGAUUCCGACAGUUCCACGUCCAACUCGGAUCACUCGGAGCACUCAGGUGGCAGUGAUAUUACUGUUAAAAUAGACGAUAUCGUGGAGUAUGCUGACGCGUGAACAUUUUUUUCUAGUAUAGGAAUAACGGUAGAAACGUCCAAUAAAUUUUCUAUUUUGUCUUGAAGAAAUGAACAUCUUUCAGAACGUGAUAUUAAGCUAAUACAGAAAUAUUGUUAUUGCAAUCGUGUUGAUCGAAAUCGAACGAAAAAAAUCUAAUUUAAGUUUGUGUAAAUUAUACAUUGAAUAGACCACGGUGUAAGUAAUGAAGAAAAGAACCUACUAAUAAAAGACUUUUUAAUACAA